AUGUGGUCUGCAGCGCUGUGUACAUUGGGCGUUUCGAAACCUAUUUGGGGCUGCAACUGUUUGAACUUUCGCCAAGGAAUGUCAGUGGAGUCUCGUGGCAAGAGGCCUUUAAAAAUCUGGGACAGUUGGCGCAAUGUCCGUAAAGGUCUCGUAGUAGGUAGCUUCGAGGAACUAAUAGUUAGAGGGAAAGAUAAAUUAGGAGUGCCAGCCUCCGAACCAGUGCGAUUAGUGUUGGAAUGUGACGGAACGCAGGUGGAGGAUGGCGAGUACUUUAGGACGUUAGCGAACAACACGGUACUGCUACUGCUCCGACAGGGCGAGCGCUGGUAUCCGACCGGUGUCGAUGUGAUCAAGGCUGCCAUAUCAGCGAUACCAAAGAUCGUUUGCGAGACUAUACAUGCGUUGGAGCUGCAGGAUGAAACACCAUCUUGGAAGAUUAUGGAUAACAAGGGUCGAGUUACUGUUGUGCUGCACUGGGAUCAACGGCAAGGCGGCGGCGGCCAGGGAGGCGGAGGCGGUCAGGGAAGCUCUAGCGGACCAGGAUCCGGUUCGGGCACCGGCGGUGUCGGUGGUGGGCUAAGCAACGGGCCGACCGGGGACAAGUUUUCGCCCUCGAAGAAGAGCCUCUCGACGCAGAGCUCGAUCGACAAGUCGUCCAUUGCGGGCCAGGUGCCGCGCUUUCCGAGCCCGCAGAUCACCGUGAUCAACCACGAUGAUCCGCAGUCCCAGAUCUACCACUCGGCCCGGCGGCUCUCCAAGCAGGGCGGCUCGUUCGACAGCGCCGUGGGGGCGGUGCACGUGCACACGCCCGAGUGCGCCCACCACGCGCACAUGCCGACCCGUGCCGGGAGCCCCGGGGCGACCGAGUGUGACUUCCACUGUUGCGCCCUGCACGAGGAGGGCCGCAAGAUUGCGGUCCACAAGAACGUGGCCACCUCCCCCAUCCAGGACGGGUCCGCCAGUCCGCAGCCUCCGCCGAGCAGUAUGUCCGACAGUAGGCGAACGUCGACGACGAAGGGGCACGUGCGCUUCCUCGAUAUCGGCCCCGAGCGGGACAGCAGCGAGAGCGAAACGGAGAACACGGUCAUGGAGGACGAAACCGUAACGUCCGAGAAGUUUCUGCUCCUGAUCGACCAGCUGUCGGUCGACCAGAAGCGCCACCUCAGCAUCAAGGACAUCGGUAUCAUCCUCGAGCGGCUCAGCUCGAAGAUCCUGGACGUGGAGCGGCUUGACCGCGAAAGCGAAUCCGACGACUGUUACAACUGGACUAUCAAGGCAACGAUACGCGGGGACGCGUUGCGCGAAUUAGGUGUUAUUUAUAAUGGAAACUACUACGCAAUAUCAGAGCAUCCUGGCUACAAGGAGGAAAACGAGGAGAACGGCGAGGAUGCGGAGGAGGAGGACGAGGACCGGUUAUAAAGGUGCGAACGGACAGAGAGAGAGAGAGAGAGAGAGCGGACGGACGCCAACUUGUGACCCUUACACGGUAAGUUAAGUUAUUCUAAGCCACGGAAGAUUGUAGCUCCGAAGCACCUCCCCCCCCGGCAACCUGGACUGGCGGGGCCGAAGGGCUUCUCUUCAACUUCAGCCGCACAGUGGGGCGCCACUUCCUAGUGAGACAGUGAUUGUACUUGAUCUCGUCAGUCAGUCAGUCAGUCAGUCCGUGGGAAAAAAUCGAGUAGUAGUGAGUCCCGGGCGCAGUUAGCAGUUUCGAUUCGACGGCAGGCACACUGACCGCAUUUUGUAACCGACAUGGAAGCGAAGACCGGACCGGAGAAAGCCAACCCGUUACAUCGUUACAGACAGACGCGUCACACGUAAAUCACCCAUCGAAAGGGCGCCACAGCAGUGAGUAGAAUUUUGUAUGAAAACACAAAAGGAACGGCUCUUGUUGGAGGUGUGUGCACGUGUGUGCUGGUGGUCCUUGAAAACUCGCCCACAUGCCCAGCAGGUGCCCCCCCAUUCGUCCACCAAUGUCAGCGUGUCUCUUGUAGUAGUGGAACGCGGGAA